AUGUUGGCCGGCGAGUCGUCGUCGUCCUUCUUCUUCAACGGAGCCGGCUUGUUCACCAUCUCGGCAGCAGCCUUGGACUGUGCCGACUCUCCGCCCUUAUCCUCGAACUUGCUCUGGUCGAUCUCCGUCACGCCUUUCUUCACCAUCUCUCCGUUCUCGACAAUCCACUGCUCAGGACACAGCGCCCCCACAAACUCGGAGUUGUGCGAAAUCAUCACCACUCCUCCAGUCCACUCUCUAAUGGCCACAGCAAGACCACCCAGAGAGUCUCUGUCCAGAUAA